GUGUAAAACAAAUCUUCAAUAUCUCUCUCUCUCUCUCCAUCCUCAAUAGAUAUGGAACCAAACCACGAACGCGAAUCCACAGUUCCACUUCCAAAGCCAGAACCAUCACAACCCACUUCAGAGCUCUCCAAGAACGCGAAGAAGAAGCUAGCUCGGCAAGAACGAUGGGAAGCGAAAAAGGCAGAUAAGAAAGCGGCGGCGAAGGAGCAAAAGAAGAAGGAAACUGAACGGAAACGGAAGGAAUGGGAAGAAAGUAUAGCGGGGAUAACAGAGGAAGAGAGAGUGAAGGUGAUUGAAGCGAGAAUGAGUUUACGGAAAGAGAGAAUGGAGAAAAGGUUGGAAGAGAAAAAUGAAAAGAAAGAGAGGCUUGUUAAAGCCAAAGAAUUAGGGCAGAAUGUUGUUGUUGAUGUUGAAUUCUCUCAUCUUAUGACUCCUCAAGAAAUUCGUAGUCUCGUUCAACAGAUAAUGUAUUGCUAUGCGGUGAAUGGAAGAUGUGAUACCCCUGCACAUCUUUGGCUAACUGGCUGCGAAGGAGAGAUGGAUAAUCAAUUGAAAAAGAUACCAGGAUUUGAUAAGUGGAUCAUUGAGAAGGAAAACAAGUCUUAUAUUGAAGUAUUGGCAGAUCGUAAGGAUGAUUUGGUGUAUCUAACGGCUGAUUCGGAGGAUGUUCUUGAAGAGCUUGAUUUGAAAAAGAUAUAUAUAAUUGGUGGAUUAGUUGAUAGGAAUAGGUUCAAGGGGAUAACUAUGGAGAAAGCACAAGAGCAAGGAAUUCGAACAGCUAAACUCCCUAUUGGUAAUUUCUUGAAGAUGUCUAGUUCUCAGGUUCUUACUGUGAAUCAAGUUGUAGAAAUACUACUCAAGUUCCUGGAGACAAGGGAUUGGAAAACUUCUUUCUUUGCUGUUAUCCCUCAGAGGAAAAGAUCACAAGCUGAUUCAGAAGGAAAUGCAGAUAAUACUGUAGAUGAGGACAUAGAUGAAGAUGAAGAGGAAGAGUCUGAACAAAAAGAUGAUUUACUGACAAGUAAAAAGCAAUGUGUUGAGGAGAUCCCUUCCAACAAACUUGUUGAUGAAGUGUAGAGCGUAGAACUGGAAAGUCAAUACAUGACACAAGUUUCAAAUCAUUGCUGUGCGUUCAAUUUUCAUACCGACAUAGAGAAUUAGCACAACAUUUAUGUAAGUUUUAUGUUUUUUGGCCAACUUGUGACCGGAUUUUCUACGAGGUGUGACCUCCCUUAUGAUGGAGUUACCCUCUUGGAACGUUGUUCUUUGGCUUUUGGAUGAUUUACAGUUAUGUUAUUUGACAAUGGUGAACGAAAAAUAUCCCUUGGUGUGCGCAAGCAAACAUGGUACCUAUGAUAUUUAACAUUUUGCAGCACAGAAGUGUUUGGCCAGUAUGUACCUAUUGUUGUGGCAAAGCCACCCAUGCAUAGUUGUAGUUAAGUUGGUUAAGCACUACUGAGCCUUAUAGAGAGGACCAUUGUUCGACGAUUCCUACCGUUAUUUGGUUCUUGUAAAACAUAUUCUUUGAGAGGGAUGAAGAACUUUAAGUUGCAACCUGAAUGCUCAAGCGGAAAUUAGUUUCACAGCCGACUCAAGCGAUAGAUAUAAACUUGUGGAAUAUUCUGUAGGAAUCUUUUUAGCAUGAUUUUUGGUCCUUUAAUUUUUUUUUUAGAUUCAGUUUGAUUCCUCAACUCUAAAAUAGUUCAAUUUAGUCUGUUAACUUAUGUAUGUUUUAUUUGAAGAAGUGUAACUUAUGUUGAUGUA